UUGAUCCAGUUGGUUUGCCGUAGUAGUCAGCUGAAAAUAAUUGAAAAGCGCACUUUGACAGGCCACGGUGUGUGUCUGCAAUUAAUUGUUUAAUAGAAGGUUCCCUGGAACGUGUCUAGAAAACCACCUGACAUUCACAUAUAACCAGUCUUUGUUCUGCCUGCCUUCCUCUCGCACCAGUUACAAUGGCAGCCGUGUCUGUAGCCAAUACCAACUUCACCCUGGCGUUGUUCAAGAAGAUCACCGAGAAGAACAAGAAGGGCAACGUGUUGUACUCCCCUCUCAGCAUCUCCGCUGCCCUCGCCAUGGUUUUUCUGGGUGCCAGGGGCAACACUGCUACUCAGAUGUCAGAGACGAUGUGCUUCAACAAAGCUGCUGGUGACAUCCAUGUUAGCUUCGGCAAACUCAUUCAUGACCUGAACCUGCAGGGAGCCCCAUACUCACUGAGCCUGGCCAAUCGCCUGUACGGAGAACAGUCUUACCAGUUUGUUGAGACUUUCCUCGGGGACACCAAGAAGCACUACAAUGCUGAGCUGGAGGCUGUGGACUUCAAGUCCAACGCGGAGACUUCCAGAAAGAACAUUAACGCUUGGGUGGAGAAGCAGACCUCUGAGAAAAUAAAGGACCUGUUGCCGGAGGGGGUUGUCGACCACCUGACCAGACUGGUGUUGGUGAACGCCAUCUACUUCAAAGGCAACUGGUGUAAGAAGUUCAAGGAGGCCAGCACCAGUGAUGCCCAGUUCAAACUGAACAAGAAUGAGUGUAAGCCAGUGAAAAUGAUGUGUCAGACAGCCAAGUUCCCCCUAGCCUUCAUCCCCGAGGCCAACUGCCAGAUCCUGUGUCUGCAAUACGAGGGGAACGAACUGAGCAUGUUCAUCAUGCUCCCCAACGACAUGGAGGACCACGUCACUGGUCUGAAGAAGCUGGAGAAGCUGCUGACCUAUGAGAAAAUUGUGGCGUGGACCAGGCCUGACAUGAUGGACACAGUGGAGGUUCAGGUGGGCCUGCCUAAGUUCAAGCUGGAGGAGACCCUUGACCUGAAGGACUUGCUGAUCAGCAUGGGCAUGACGGACGCCUUCGACCUCUCAAAGGGAGACUUCUCGGGCAUGUCGCCCAGCAACGACUUGGAGCUGUCCGAGGUGGUGCACAGGGCGUUUGUGGAGGUCAACGAGGAGGGCACAGAGGCGGCGAGCGCCACGGCCGCCAUUAUGGGGAUGCGCUGUGCCUUGAGGACCCCCAAAUUUGUGGCCGACCACCCCUUUCUCUUCUUCAUCAGCCACAACACCGAGAGCAUUCUGUUCUAUGGUCGCUACUGCUCCCCUUAGGAGCUUUAGCAAAUGGGACAUUCCACUUGGGUAUUAAAGAGAUGUGUAUAUAUUACUGAAGCUGCUACAUCAAUAUCGCAUCUGUGCUUGGUGAUCUUUGUCAAUAAAAAAUUGUGUUGAGUAUAUUUGUGGUGAAAUAAUGUUUUGAGCAAUGUUCUUACUGGUAUGUGUAUUUUUACUUUCUCAUGAUCAAUGUUUGUCUCCUCUGACCACCUAAUUCAAAUACCAUUAUCCUCAAACGUGUUUUUGUACUUUUAUUUUUGUUUACGAACUCCUAGUCUUCUGAUUUGAAUACUGGAGUUCUAUUCAAUUAAGCAACUAUGUUUACAGAAUAGUAAAGAAUAUAUCAAC